AUGUCUUCAGGAAAUGUGAAAAUUGGACAUCCUGCUCCCCAGUUCAAAGCAACAACCAUUAUGCCAGAUGGUCAGUUCAAAGGUAUCAGUCUGUCUGACCACAAAGGAAGAUACAUUGUGUUCUUCUUUUACCCUCUUGACCUCGCCUUUGCCUGCCUCAUGGAGCUCCUUGCUUUCAGUGAUAGGGCAGAAGAAUUUAAGAAACUCAACUGCCAAGUAACUGGUGCUUCUGUGGGUUCUCACUUCUGUUGCCUGGCGUGGAUCAACAUACCCAAGAAACAAGAAAGACUGGGGGCCAUGCACAUUCACUUGAUAUCAGAGCCCGAGCACACCGUUGCUCAGUACUGUGGGGUCUUAAAGGCUGAUGAAGGCUUCUCAUUCAGGAACCUCUUUACUACUGACGAUAAAGGUAUCUUUCCACAGAUUACCGUAAAUGACCUUCCUGUUGGCUGCUUUGUGGAUGAGACACUGAGACUAGUUCAGGCCUUUCCAGUUCACUGA